AUGGCUCAUAGGGACUACAACGAGAUGGGACAGAGCAGUACUGUGACAAAUAUUUUGACUGUGGCCCUCAACGCUUCAGAGAAGAUUUUGGACUCAUCAUCAUCAGCAAGCCGAGCUGAACUAGCCUCCUGCGGAAACCUUGUGUUAAAAACCAGUGAGAAACUCAUCUCUACAUUAGUGAAGCCGACAGACACAAGUGACAGUGCCAGUUUUACUCUUCCUUCUGUAGAGGGCCAAGUCUUCAUGGUUGGACCAAAUGUCACCUUAGUUAAAAUCCCUCGACUGGACACGACAAAUUCUUCUGUGGACAUCGAUCUCAUUGGGAUUGCCAAGAACAACACUGAAGGAUCAGCUGCUGUGGCUUUCAUGAGCUACGUCACGAUGGAGAAUCUACUGAAGCCAGACUUCUUCAACACAUCAAAUGACACGAUUAAAACCAUGAUGUCCACUGUGAUCUCAGCUACUCUUCCCAAAACCACCAACACUAAACUCACCAAACCAGUCAACUUCAUCCUCAAACACAUCAGAGAGUUUGAUCCCAACGGUUCUCUGUCCUGUGUUUACUGGAAUAUCAGCGAGUGGAUUGUAGAUGGAUGUUCUGUUUUAGAGACCAACAGCAGCUACACUGUGUGUUCCUGUGAUCAUCUGUCCACAUUCGCCCUCAUCAUGCAAACCAGCCGCCCACCAGAGGUACUGAACAUUUCUAGUGAACACUGA